UUUUCCAUGGAUUAUAUUCCUACUUCAUUCCCAAAAAAAACCCAUGUCGGCUUUGCAUUUGUAAUAUUAGGCAUUAUACCACCUUACUUGAUACCUAAAUUUGUUUGAACGCAACUGAGAUUCUUGUUGGAAUUUGCUGAUGCAACUCUUUUUUACGUGAUGAAUUUGGAGGAAAUUAAUCAGUAAUGCUAAUAUAUUUAAGGAUCUGAACAUUCUUGCAUGGGUAAAUUGGUACAUUCAAUCAUUAUCAAAUAAUUAAUAGACAAAACUAGGUUUAGUGUUUCUACCCCUUCAUACAUGAACUCUCCAUUUUCGAAUACUCAUCAUUCGAUGCACAUUUCCUUCUCAGAAAUCCAGCAGAUAUCUCAUCCUCUUCUUCCAAAAAAAAUUCUUCAGCCAACAAAAUGAAGACAAGGGUCUCUCCAUUGGCCUCUCUACUCUUCAUUACAGUACUGAUAGCUGUGUUUUAUUCUUCAUCUGAAGCAGCUGAUUCACAAACUUCUUUUGAAGAUAACUUUAGAAUAAUGUGGUCUGAAGAUCAUUUCAACACUUCUAAAGAUGGCCAGACCUGGUACCUCUCCUUGGACAAAGAAACAGGCUGUGGAUUUCAAACCAAGCAAAGAUACAGAUUUGGUUGGUUUAGCAUGAAACUGAAGUUAGUUGGAGGUGAUUCUGCUGGUGUUGUGACAGCUUACUAUAUGUGCACCGAGAAUGGGGCAGGGCCAGAGAGAGAUGAGCUGGAUUUUGAGUUCUUGGGGAAUAGGACUGGACAACCGUAUUUAAUCCAGACAAACAUCUAUAAGAAUGGAGUUGGAGGCCGUGAAAUGAGGCACAUGCUUUGGUUCGACCCCACUGAAGAGUUCCAUUCAUAUUCCAUUCUAUGGAACAACCACCAAAUUGUAUUUUUUGUGGAUAGAGUUCCCAUUAGAGUAUGCAAGAACAAUGGUGAUGAAAAAAACGACUUCUUCCCCAAUGAGAAGCCCAUGUACCUGUUCUCCAGCAUAUGGAACGCAGAUGACUGGGCAACGAGGGGUGGGCUUGAGAAAACAGAUUGGAAACGAGCCCCAUUCGUGUCCUCUUACAAAGACUUCAGCGUCGAGGGUUGCCAAUGGGAAGACCCCUACCCUGCAUGCGUCUCAACCACAACCAAGAACUGGUGGGAUCAAUACGAGGCUUGGCAUUUAUCUGUUUCUCAAAAGAUGGACUAUGCUUGGGUGCAGAGAAACCUUGUGAUUUAUGAUUAUUGCAAGGAUUAUGAACGAUAUCCGAAACUUCCCUGGGAGUGUUCAUUGAGUCCGUGGGAUUAGGA